UCUCACCUUCUUUUCCUACCCUUCGCAUAACCAGCGAGACCAAUCAACCUUCGACGCAGCCAUUGACCGCUGCACUGACACAAGGAUUGCUGUGCGCCGUCUCCAUAUACAGCAUUUGAGGAGGUAGCUUUGAAUGCAACUAGGGAUAAGGCCCAAGCUCAAGGCGCGGCCUUCGUUGCUGGACCUGGUGCGAACGCGAAGCCAGAGCCAGGGCGACAACCACGAGGCAGCUGGCUACCCUACAGCCACCAGCCACGCGGCAUCGUCAUCGCCAGCAGCGGCAGACGCACCAGCCACAGCCACAGCGGGCCCAGCAGCGCCUGCACCACCUGGAGCGCACCGUGACCGCCCGCAGCCACUGGCAGUGGAGGAAGCUUCCGGCCUGCCUCUGCCAACCUCUCCACCGACAUCACCGUCCGCGUCUACCUCAACGUCGCCUCCAGCAUCCCCGUUCGCAACCUCCUCCCCUCCACUGCGGCCAGCCUCGCCGUCUCUCCGAAGCUCUACUGCAUCCGUAGACGUCGAGCUCGACACCUCUGCACCCUCUCUUCGCUCUUCUGGAUCCUCAUCGUCGUCACAAACACCGCCCGCCAUGGCUCCCAAGAACAAGAAGGCUAACGCAGCCACUGAUGGCGAGGAGGCACUCCCUAGUGGCAAGAUCUACUCCGUGUCCGGACCUGUCGUUGUCGCCGAGGACAUGAUUGGCGUGGCCAUGUACGAGCUUGUCAAGGUCGGCCACGAGAACCUAGUUGGUGAGGUCAUUAGAAUCAGCAAUGACCAGGCCACCAUCCAGGUCUACGAGGAGACUGCUGGUGUCACCGUCGGCGACCCUGUUGCCCGCACUGGCAAGCCUCUCUCCGUCGAGCUCGGCCCUGGUCUUCUCAACAGUAUCUACGAUGGUAUCCAGCGCCCCCUGGCUGCCAUUUCCGACUUGGCCAAGUCAAUCUACAUUCCUCGCGGUAUCGCUGUCCCCGCCCUCGACCGCAACAAGAAGUGGGAGUUCACCCCUAUCAUGAAGGUUGGCGACCACAUUUCGGGCGGCGAUGUCUGGGGCACCGUCUUCGAGAACUCGUUCAUUCACACUCACCGCAUUGUGUUCCCGCCUCGCGCACGCGGUGUGAUCACAAAGAUCGCCUCCAAGGGUGAAUACACCGUCGCCGAGAACAUCCUCGAGGUCGAGUUCGACGGCACCAAGACUGAGUACCCAAUGAUGCAGACUUGGCCCGUCCGUGUCCCUCGUCCUUCGACUGAGAAGCUCUCUGCCGACCAGCCUUUUAUUGUCGGUCAACGUGUGCUCGACGCCCUCUUCCCCAGUGUGCAGGGUGGUACCGUAGCCAUCCCUGGCGCUUUCGGCUGUGGCAAGACUGUCAUUUCGCAAUCCGUUUCCAAGUUCUCCAACUCAGACGUCAUUGUCUAUGUCGGCUGCGGAGAGCGUGGUAACGAGAUGGCCGAAGUCUUGAAGGAUUUCCCUGAGCUGACAAUUGACGUCGACGGCCGCCAGGAGCCCAUCAUGAAGCGCACAACCUUGAUCGCCAACACCUCCAACAUGCCCGUCGCUGCUCGUGAAGCCUCUAUCUAUACCGGGAUUACUGUAGCCGAAUAUUUCCGCGACCAGGGCCUCAACGUCGCCAUGAUGGCUGACUCCUCUUCGCGUUGGGCCGAGGCUUUGCGUGAAAUCUCUGGUCGUCUUGGAGAGAUGCCUGCUGACCAGGGUUUCCCCGCCUACCUGUCUGCCAAGUUGGCUUCUUUCUACGAGCGUGCUGGCCGCGUUCAAUCGCUUGGGUCUCCUGAGCGCCAGGGCAGUGUCAGCAUUGUCGGUGCCGUCAGUCCCCCCGGUGGUGAUUUCUCCGAUCCCGUCACGAGUUCCACGCUGGGUAUCGUGCAGGUCUUCUGGGGUCUCGACAAGAAGCUCGCCCAGCGCAAACAUUUCCCUUCGAUCAACACCAGCAUGUCGUACUCCAAGUACACCAACACACUCGACAAGUACUACGAGAAGGAGUAUCCUGACUUCCCGCGUCUCCGUGACCGCGUGAAGAACCUUCUCUCGGACUCGGAGGAGCUUGACCAGGUCGUCCAGCUGGUCGGAAAGAGUGCGCUGUCAGACACUGACAAGAUCACAUUGGACAUUGCCGGUAUGAUCAAGGAAGAUUUCCUGCAGCAGAACGGUUACUCGGAUUACGACCAGUUCUGCCCCAUCUGGAAGACGGAGUGGAUGAUGAAGUUGAUGAUGGGUUACCACGACGAGGCGCAGAAGGCCAUUUCACAGGGCCAGCACUGGAGCAAGGUCCGCGACUCCACGAGCGAAUUGCAGUCCAAGCUUCGCAGUCUCAAGUUUGAGGUUCCCUCGGAAGGCCAGGAGGCCAUCACCAAGAAGUACGAGGAGAUUCAGCAACAAAUGACAGACAAGUUCGCGGCGGUCAUGGACGAGUAGAAGAUGUGCGGUCUAUUAGGUUAGCAGGCUGUUGCCGCGUAUUGUAAGCACUGUUCUAUAGAGUCGGACCUCAGAAAUUGUGUCCCGCCAGCAUCGUCCUCAUAUAUCGAAUUGAUCUGAUUACUAUCA